AGCCGCCCGCGCCCGCGCCCCGCCGCCCUCCCUGGCCCCGCCGCACCGUUCCAGGUCCCCGGGCGGCUGAGGCGGCAGGAGCGCCCGCGAUGGCGAGCCCGCCGCGGCAGGGAGCCCCUGGGCCAGCGGGCGGUGACGGCCCCAACCUGAAUAACAACAACAACAACAACAACAACAACCACGGCGUGCGCAAGUGCGGCUACCUGCGCAAGCAGAAGCACGGCCACAAGCGCUUCUUCGUGCUGCGCGGGCCCGGCGCGGGCGGGGACGACGGGGGCGCGGGCGGGGGGCCGGCGGCGCCGCAGCCCCCGCGGCUCGAGUACUACGAGAGCGAGAAGAAGUGGCGGAGCAAGGCGGGCGCGCCGAAGCGGGUGAUCGCGCUCGACUGCUGCCUGAAUGUCAACAAGCGCGCCGACGCCAAGCACAAGUACCUGAUCGCCCUCUACACCAAGGACGAGUACUUCGCUGUGGCGGCCGAGAACGAGCAGGAGCAGGAGGGCUGGUACCGCGCGCUCGCCGACCUGCUCAGCGAGGGCCGCGCGGCCGCCGCCGGCGACGCGCCCCCUGUGGCCACGGCCCCCGCCGCCACACCCUGCAGCGCCCCCCUGCCGGGGGCGCUGGGCGGCUCGGCCGAGGACGCGGACGGGCCGGGGGCGUCCUCGGCCUCCGCCUACCGCGAGGUGUGGCAGGUGAACCUGAAGCCCAAGGGCCUGGGCCAGAGCAAGAACCUGACGGGCGUGUACCGCCUGUGCCUGUCGGCGCGCACCAUCGGCUUCGUGAAGCUCAACUGCGAGCAGCCGUCCGUGACGCUGCAGCUCAUGAACAUCCGCCGCUGCGGCCACUCGGACAGCUUCUUCUUCAUAGAGGUGGGGCGCUCGGCCGUCACGGGCCCCGGCGAGCUGUGGAUGCAGGCCGACGACUCGGUGGUGGCGCAGAACAUCCACGAGACCAUCCUGGAGGCCAUGAAGGCGCUCAAGGAGCUCUUCGAGUUCCGCCCGCGCAGCAAGAGCCAGUCCUCGGGCUCGUCGGCCACUCACCCCAUCAGUGUGCCCGGCGCGCGCCGCCACCACCACCUGGUGCACCUGCCCCCGAGCCAGACCGGCCUGGUGCGCCGCUCGCGCACCGACAGCCUGGCCGCAACCCCGCCCGCCGCCAAGGGCGCCCCGUGUCGCGUGCGUACGGCCAGCGAGGGCGACGGCGGCGCCGCGGCCGGGGCCGGGGCCGGGGCGGCGGUGUCUGCGGCGGGCGCGCGUCCAGGCUCGGUGGCCGGGAGCCCCCUGAGCCCCGGACCGGCGCGCGCGCCCCUGAGCCGCUCGCACACGCUGAGCGCCGGCUGCGGGGCCCGGGGCGGCAAGGCGGGCCUGGCUCCGGCAGGGGGCGCGCUGCAGCACAGCCGCUCCAUGUCCAUGCCUGUGGCGCACUCUCCCCCUGCUGCCACCAGCCCGGGCAGUCUGUCGUCCAGCAGCGGCCACGGCUCGGCCUCCUACCCGCUGCCGCCCGGCCCGGCCCCGCCGCUGCCGCACCCCCUGCCCCACCCGCUGGGACAGCGACCCUCCAGCGGCAGCGCCUCGGCCUCGGGCUCUCCGAGCGACCCGGGCUUCAUGUCCCUGGACGAGUACGGGUCUAGCCCGGGCGACCUGCGAGCCUUCUGCAGCAGCCACCGCAGCAACACGCCCGAGUCCAUCGCGGAGACGCCCCCGGCGCGGGAUGGCGCGGUGGGCGAGCUGUACGGGUACAUGAGCAUGGACAGGCCCUCGGGCCCCUUGGGACGCCCCUACCGCAGGGUCUCGGGGGACGCGGCGCAGGACCUGGACCGGGGCCUGCGAAAGCGGACCUACUCGCUGACCACGCCCGCGCGCCAGCGCCCCGUGCCCCAGCCGUCGUCCGCCUCGCUGGAUGAGUACACGCUCAUGCGGGCCACCUUCUCGGGCAGCUCCGGCCGCCUGUGCCCGCCCUUUCCUGCGUCUUCGCCCAAAGUGGCCUACCACCCCUAUCCGGAGGACUAUGGGGACAUCGAGAUCGGCUCACACCGGAGCUCCAGCAGCAACCUGGGGGCGGACGAUGGCUACAUGCCGAUGACCCCUGGUGCAGCUCUGCUGGGCAGUGCCAGCGACGACUACAUGCCCAUGAGCCCCACCAGCGUGUCUGCCCCGAAGCAGAUCCUGCAUCCGAGGGCUGCACCGGCCGCGGCCCUGCCCCCCUCGGCGCCACCGGUGCCAGCUGCCCCCUCCCCAGCGGGCAAGACCUUCCCCGGGCCUGUGGGAGGCUACAAGGCCGGCUCACCUGCGGAGAGCUCUCCAGAGGACAGCGGGUACAUGCGCAUGUGGUGUGGGUCCAAGCUGUCUGUGGAGAGCGCCGACCCCAAGCUGCUGGCCAGCGGGGACUACCUCAACAUGUCCCCCAGCGAGGCGGGCCCGGCCGGCACCCCGCCCGACUUCUUCUCCGCAGCUCUGCAGGGCGCUGGGGAGGGGCUCAGAAGUGUCCCCGGCUGCUGCUACAGCUCCUUGCCCCGCUCCUACAAGGGUCCUUACCUGUGUGGCGGGGCAGACAGUGACCAGUACGUGCUCAUGAGCUCCCCGGUGGGCCGGAUCCUGGAGGAGGAGGGACUGGAGUCCCCGGCCACCCCAGGGGCUCCCCCAUGGACGGGCAGGGACAGCCACAUCCAGCCGCAUCACCUAGCAGCAGCAGUGCCUGCCCCCAUGAGGCCAGGCAGCAACGCUGGUGGGCGCCCUGAGGGCUUCUUUGGCCAGCGCUGCCGGGCAGUGCGCCCCACACGCCUGUCCCUAGAGGGCUUGCAGACGCUGCCCAGCAUGCAUGAGUACCCCCUGCCCCCAGAGCCCAGGAGCCCUGGCGAGUACAUCAACAUUGACUUCGGGGAGGCGGGCCCCCGGCUGUCCCCGCCGGCCCCUUCGCUGCUGGCGUCUGCGGCCUCACCCUCCCCGCUGCUGUCUGCCAGCAGCCCGGCCUCCUCCCUCUCCCUGGGCUCAGGCACGCCGGGCACCAGCAGUGACAGCAGACAGCGCUCCCCGCUGUCCGACUACAUGAACCUGGGCUUCAGCUCCCCCAAGUCCCCCAAGCCGGGGGUCCUGUCCCCCGAGGCCGCUUCCCCAUACCCGCCGCUGCCCCCUCGUCCUGCGGCCUCCCUGUCCUCCCUGCAGCAGCAGCCCCCACCGCCGGUCCCCGGGGAGCUGUACCGCCUGCCUCCCGCACCCAGUGCGGCCCCUGCCUCCCAGGGCCCCAGCGCUGGUGCCUCGGUGUCCUCCCAGACUGCUGACAGCAGCGACUACGCCGAGAUGGCCUUCGGCCUGGCGGCGCCCCCGAAGCCGGAAGGUGCCCGAGUGAGCAGCCCCACGGCGGGCCUGAAGCGGCUGAGCCUCAGGGGUCAGGGGUCGGGGCUGGAGGCCUUCCUGCAGGCUGGCCAGCCCCCCGACCCGCACCGGGGCGCCAAGGUCAUCCGCGCAGACCCGCAGGGGGGCCGCCGCCGCCACAGCUCGGAGACUUUCUCCUCCACUGCCACGGUCACCCCCGUGUCCCCAUCCUUCGCUCACAACCCCAAGCGCCACAGCUCGGCCUCUGUGGAGAACGUUUCUCUCCGGAAGAGCAGUGAGAGUGGUGGCGGUGGGGCUGAGGAGCCGCUCACCGCCCCAGGACACUCGACGUUGGCGCGGCCCAGGGCCUCCGGUCAGCCCGGGGGCCUGGGUGGCUGCCCGGCGGGCGGCGGCUCCCCCAUGCGCAGAGAAGCCCCCGUGGCUUUUCCGAAAGGCCUCAGCUACAUCGCCAUCAACGUGAAGGAGGAGGCAGGGCUGUCCCCGCAGAUGCCGCCCCCGCAGCCAGGGGACAAGACCUCGUGGGGCCGGACCCGGAGCCUGGGGGGCCUCCUCAGCGCGGUAGGGGGCAGCGGCAGCAGUGGGGCUUGUGGGGGCCCAGGCCCUGCCGCCCUGUCCUCCCCCAACAGCUACGCCAGCCUGGACUUCCUGUCCCAUCACCUGAAGGAAGCCACGGCCGUGAAAGAGUGAAGCGGAGUGGCGUUGGCUGCACUGGCUGGCGGAGGGGAUGCAUCCCAAAUGUUUCCUGGCCGCCCGCCCGAAGCUGCCUGCGGUUUCCUGGCUCCUCACCGGCUGCCCCCUGCCCGACCAGGACCCGGACCCUGCUCUCCGGCCACUGCUGCUCCUGCACCCAUGCUGUGGCUGGAGUUUGGCUUUGAGUUUUGCGCCUAAGUUGCCCGAGGGAGGGACUCCGGAGUCGGGCCGUGUUUCCCUGUCUUCGGCGGUGGCCGCAUCCCCCCUGCAGAGCAGAGCCCCCACCCGAAGCAUGCUCUGAGCCCCCAGCCCCAUCCCCAUCCCAGCAGUGACACCGAUAUUUGCUGGCUUAGGCUCCGCGCCAGUCCUACCUCAGUUCAGGGGAGCCGGGUGUGGGGAGGGGCCACUCGGGCUGCGUGUCUGGGGCCUGCAACUCUGGCUUUGGAAGAGCAUAGCGGGACUGCAGUCACUCUAUGUGGGGAGACCUGGGAUUGAACUUGGAAGACAGAGCCACAGAGUAGUUGGUGUCUCUGCAGCCCCUCAGUGUCAGAGCAUGGGGUGGAGAGAGGCCCCGGAGGGCAUGGAGAGCUCUUGACCCCUGACUGCUGCAUGGACGCCAGGCAGGUACCUCUGCAGGCAGAAGCCACUGCCACUGGCUCAGCUGUCUGUUGUCCCGCCGAGGACUGGCCUUUCCUUAACCAAAAGUGCAUGUGGGCAGCAAGCGAUUCCAGGCUGGUCUGGGUUUGGCAGAUUUUGUGUUUAAAAUGUAUUAUGAUCUUUAAAUAUGCCAGUCUGAUGUUGGCCACCAAGGCUACCCUGAAUUGAGAGAGAGAGAGCGCAUUCUGGCUCCCUCGCUGGUCAUGGGAAAGAUAAAGAAGGAAAGCAGUCUUGCAGGACGCCGUGCUUGUCAGAGAAACCCUCGACAGGAGGGGCACCCUGCUUCUCUGGUCAGUGUUCUGGAGAUGCCAGUGUGGUGGCCGCAACGGAAGCCAUCCCUGUCCCAGAGGCUCCGGACUCGUGGCUGGACCCCGCCCCAGUGCCUGUCUCCCCUGUCGUCCUGUAGAGGCCCCACUAAUUCUUGGAGAUGUGACUUGUUCAUUGGUUUCUUCUGUUGUUACUUUUUGUUUUGGAGAAAAAAAUAUUAUAUAUAUAUAUAAAUAUAUAGAUCUAUAUCAUUAUAGAGUAAUGCAUUAAUGAGGCUUUGUAGAGGAAGACCAAAAAUUUCAAUGUCUUAAGAUGUAUUUAAUGGCAAUGCAAAAGUCUUCCUGCUUUCGUGCUGAACUCUUUAGAAGCGAGGACUGUACUGCAAGACGAAGUUGAAUGUAAAGUGCUCCUGACCAUUUCUGAGGUUUUGCUUCUCUGAGCUACGCGUCGCAGCCAUGCAUAGUUGGUUUGAAGGCCGACUCCAUGUAUGAUACGCUUUGCUAAGAUGUGUAGAAUGUUCUGGAGCUUUCUCUCGUUAGGAAUCGGUGGGCGCAGCACCGUGGGCCGGAAGGGAACCUCAGCUGGCGCUCCCCACGCCCCGUGCAGCCUAAAUGAGCAGCCAAGAAGCUGAUAAUAUAUACUGAAUUUUCCUCUAUCCUGUACAUUUCAAAAAAAGGCACAUGCAAUAUUUACAUGUUUUAUUUAGUUUACAGAACGGAACCAAAAUGUAUGUUAUGUUUGCAAAAAUUUCACAAUGUAUAUUGGGUCUUUGUACAUUUUGCCUGACUUACCUUAAAUUUAAACUAUUUUUUGCUAUAUAAACUUUAACCGUUAUUAAACAGUGUUUUCUUUUGGGUAUGUAUUGUUUCUGGAUCUGGAGCUGUUAAAUAUAUUUCUUGCUAUUGUGUUAUGUCAGCACCUCCCCCCCAUCUUCCAUGCUGUACAUAGGGUUGGGAAUGAGCCAGGCUAGAGUAGUGCAUUGUAUUUAGUCUGUAUUGAUCAUGGAUACCCUCCUGAAUAGCCAUAUGCAAUAAAUAAAAUAAAUACAUUAUUUAUGAAAUGAA